GUUCUCCACGACGUGCUCAUACUUGACAUGCCUCCUCGCCAGGCCACCGCAGGCGAUGCAGCAGCCGGACAGCCAGAACAAUCUACCUUCCGCCGCUUUUUUGGGAUUGCUCAACAAAUUGUCCUCGUAUAUGCCGUCUCGCAGCUCGCGACGAGAUAUUUUGCUCCGAAACCAGCUGCUGUGACGCCGCCCCCCGCUGUGGUCUCGCCAGGCGCUGCGCCUGCAGCACAUCACGUUCCACAAGGCGAAGUGAACCCCUUCAGCCUCCCUCCUGUACAAGCUUUUCCUGCAUGGCCGCAGAAUAUUUCCGUCACUAUGCACGUUCGGCUCACGUCCGAUCCGUCAAUGAGCGAUAUCCUACCUAGGCGCACGGAUGGAGAUUUACCAAACUUCAUGUGGGAGAAUAUUACAUUCGGAGACUGGAAAGAGUCAAGAGUAGUGGAUUAUGAGGUCACAAUCCCUGAGUCGGUCCAGAAUAACGGUUCUUUGUGGCUCGACGUUGUACUAGUGAAAGAUAGUGCGAGCCUGGAUCCUACGAGUCACGAUUUUGACGUGAACUCCUUCCGUCACGUUCGCAAGCUGUUGACCCGCUACUUGCCAAAGCCGAAGGCCCGCAAGGAGAAGAAAUUGUUGGAUAGUGGCGAUGAUGAAGAAGACGGUGCUGAAGAGGAAGCCGAGGUCAUCAUAUCCUACUGGCACCAGAAUCUUACAUUGGCACUGGUCAGCGAUGCUCCAACACUGCAAUACAGCCAGCUUCCGGCCCCUGUUCACGAACACAUCGAGCUCAUCCCCGGAAUGCGUGAUGAGACUGGUACAAAAGGCUAUUAUAAGCCCAUCGUCUUCCCCAACGAGUUCUGGCACCUCCGGUCUCAAUACAUCGAAAUCAAUAGCACUACCCCGGUCCUUCCUCUUCAGAUCGUCUUUCAGCCCAUGACGUACUUUAAGUUCCAAAUGUUUUCCUCCAUGACUGUUGGAUUCAACGAGGCGGCAAAGCAGCAAGGCGGGACUGGAGGCGAACUCGACGAGCUGAAGCGCAUUCUGCUUGAGACGAACCCUUACUACUUGGGUUUGACCUUGGCGGUCAGCUUGUUGCAUAUGCUGUUCGAGAUGUUGGCUUUCAGCUCCGAUGUGUCGCAUUGGAGGAAGAAGGACGAGCUCACCGGUGUUUCUGUUCGGUAUAUCGUCACGAACGUUUUCGUGCAAAUUGUGGUCCUCUUAUAUCUGCUCGACAAUCAGCAGCAAACGAGUUGGAUGAUUCUGAUGACGUCUGGAAUGGGUGUCCUCGUUGAAGCGUGGAAGAUUACGAAAGCCGUCGAUAUCAAACUCGAAUCCUCUCCUGCGGGCUCUAUUCUUCCGUACACCAUCGUUGUCAAAGAUAAGCACGUACUCAGCGAAGACGAGAAAAAGACCCAAGAAUACGACAAACUGGCCUUCCGUUACGUCUCGUACUUCACCAUCCCCAGUCUUGCGAUCUACACAGGCUAUUCGUUGUUGUACGAGACCCAUAGGGGCUGGUACAGUUUCGUGAUCUCUACCUUGACGUCCUUCGUCUACAUGUUCGGAUUCGCUCAAUUGAUUCCACAACUCAUCAUCAACUACAAGCUCAAGAGCGUCGCCCACAUGCCCAUGAAAGCCAUGGUCUACAAGUCGCUCUCUACCGUCAUCGACGACCUGUUCGCUUUCAUCAUAAAAAUGCCCAUCCUGCACCGCUUGGCGUGUUUCAGAGACGACGUUGUCUUCGCUGUAUUCUUGUACCAGCGCUGGAUAUACCGCGUCGACCCCAAGCGCGUCAACGAGUAUGGACAAGUUUUGGUUCCGGAGGAGGAAGAGACGAAAGACGCCGCUGGAAAGGUUGAGAGCAAAAAGACGAAGUAGAAGCGUGAGGAUCGUGCUUUGGUUUGUCGCUUGGGGAAAUCUGAUUCCAAUUUCCAACGAUUAGAGUUUGGUCAAUCGUGUAGCGUUGUUCACGCUAUUCAAUGGAUGGAUGUACUGUAUCUGUUUUGUUAGCCGGAAUAAUAUCUUCUGCUCC